UCCUGUGUGUUUACUACACGGACCAGGCAGCAGCAGACACUUGGCUUCACAUGCACUCAACUCACAACAGCUAGCUAGCUAAACACUUUAUAGUUCCAUCUGAAACAGAAUCGCCCAGAAUCCAACAUGCCCAAGAGAAAGCAGGGAGCCGCUGGGGACGCCAAGGAGGAGCCCCAGAGGAGAUCCGCCCGGUUAUCAGCGAAACCAGCCCCAGCCAAGGCUGAACCCAAGGCCAAGAAGGAGAAACCAGCAAAGAAAGAGAAGGCUGUGAACGACAAGAAGGAGGAGAAGAAAACUAAGAAGGCAGCAGCGAAGGAGAACGCUGAGGCCGAGGCCGCUGAGGAGAACCACUCUGAGAACGGAGAUGCCAAGACCAACCAGAUGGAGGAGGCUCCCGAGGCGGUGAAGGAGGAAGCCAAGUCUGAGUAGCAACACUGCCGACCCCUGACCCCUAAUCUCCGACCCCAACCCUCCCCCAGCCUGCCCCAGUGUUCGUGGUCCCCCUCCAAGGCAUAUUGUUAACAGAGGAAUAUUUUUAUCAAUGAUUUUAUAAGUAUACGAUCUACUAUCCAUACAGAUUUUUAGCACAAAGCGAAGCUGAGUAAUAUGAUGCAGGUCUGCAGUGGUCAUAUCAACAAAGUGUCUGCAGGCAAGAUGAUGAACACACUAAAAUCUUUUUUAAACGGCGUUUCAUGAUUGUGUAGGAAGCAAAGCGCGUCCCAUCCCAUAGUGAGUUGUGUGUUCCUGUGCCCCCCACGGUUGGUUCUACUACGGUUCUCCUAGGGUUCUACCUUAGUCCUGGUUUAUUAACGGUUCUCCCUGACGUUCUGUUUUGAUCCCGUCUGUUCUGUGCAGUGAGUUCCCUUGCUUUGUCUUAAUGUUCCUGUUUUUACAUUAAACAUGUUCUAAGCGUGUUGAAAGUGUGUUGUCCAAUAAGAAAGAGGAAGAGGAUCAUGAGAAACAUUCCGGACAGAGUGAUAUGCGUGUCUCCAAGGCGACCCUGUAACAAUGACAUGCGUGUCUCCAAGGCGACCCUGUAACAGUGACAUGCGUGUCUCCAAGGCGACCCUGUAACAGUGACAUGCAUGUGUCUCCUAAGCGACUACAUCAGCCGUGUGUGUGACAGCUCUCCAUCUUGCUGGUUUUCUAAACACACACAGUUUUUUUUUUAGAUGAAGGAUUCUCUGACGUGUUCAGGAGUCUGUCUGUCCCUCUGAUGUUCUGGAAUUCUCCAAUAAAAGCAAGUCCUGUGAAUUUUCCUCAAA